AUGAGCCGCGGACUCGAGGCCGGGGGCACCCGCGGGCGGCGCGAUGCGGCUCCCGCGAGCUCGGGAUACCCGGGAGGCCGGGCCGGCCCGCCACCCUCCGGCGGCCGAGGGCAGAGGGGUCAGCGGUGGAAGGACCGCCCGCCGCGAUGCCCCCUCGGGAGCGCCGGCCGGCCGUGGCUGCGGACGCCCAUUCAGCCCGAGCCCGUCCCGCGGACGCCACUGCCGCGGCCCGCCCGCCCCACCGCCCCCGGGGAGGAUGAGAAAGACCAGGCGGAGCGGCGACGGCGGCCGCGGGGACGCGCGCCCGGCCGCUGGACCCGACCCCGGGCGGCCAUCGCCGACCCCCGCCCGCGCGCCAGGCCGCCCGCGUCAGCUCCUCAGCUCCUCACCUCAUCUCCGGGCGGGUGCGCGCGGCCGCCCCUCACACAAAUCAGUGCAGCCCGCACGCCGCGCGGAGGAACGCAGGGUCCGCAGCCGCGCACACCAUCCCCGCCCGCCCGCCCGCCUGCCUCCCGGCCGUCCCGGAGCCCGCUCGGGAUGCUCCCUUGCGAGCCGCCGUACUACGGAGCAACCAAGCUGUGCGCCCUCCCCGUGCCGCUCCACUCCUCUCGCCCUCCUUCGCUCCUUCGCUCCCUCGCUCCCGCCUAUCUCCUCAUCUCCCUCCGCCGCCGCCCCUCCGCCCACAGCCAGCCCUCCGUUCCACCCAUAGAUGGGCGGGGAUAA